AUGGCAGACAGUUCAGAAGAAGAAGAAGCUGUAGAUGCCUUAAUAGUCAUUAGAAGUAUAAGGAAAAAGAGACGAAGAAAAUCGCCAUUUUCUUGGGUUCGUCAAAUUUAUAGAGAAAGAGAAUUGAAAGGAGUGUAUAAUCAACUGCUUCAAGAAAUGAAAUUGCACGAUAGAGAAUUUUACUUUAGAUUUCUUCAAAUGUCUCCUGAUAGAUUCGAACAUUUAUUGUCUCUGGUAGGUCCAUCAAUCCAAAAAAGAGACACAAAUUUUCGAAAUUCAAUUCCUGCAGCUGAACGCUUGGCUCUUACUUUACGUUAUCUUGCCUCAGGAGAUUCUCAACAAUCUCUAUCAUUCAACUUUCGCAUUAGCGCGAGUGCUAUUUCACGAAUUCUGUCUGAGACAGCUGCAGCAAUUUGGGAGAACCUAAGCGAAUAUGUAAGACCCCCUAUGUCCAAAGAAGAGUGGUUAAGAAUCGAAAAUGAAUUCGAAGACACGUGGAAUUUCACACAUUGUAUAGGGGCAAUCGAUGGGAAUCAUAUUGCCAUGGAAAACCCUCCCAAUUCAGGAUCGCUCUAUUACAAUUACAAGGGGUUCUACAGCAUCAUACUAUUAGCAGUCUGUGAUACUAAGUACAACUUCAUUCUCGUAGAUGUAGGACAAUAUGGAAGUAACAACGACUGUGGUGUCUUAUCAAAGAGUCAAAUUGGAAUGCAACUGGAAAAUCAAUCCCUUCAAAUCCCACCACCUACGUCACUAGCUGGAUGUAAAUUUGACCCAUUACGUUAUUUUCUAGUUGGAGAUGAAGCUUUCCCCUUAAAGAAAAAUAUGAUGCGCCCAUAUCCUGGCAAGCUGAACGAGCCUGAGAGAGUAUAUAACUAUCGCCUCUCUCGUGCCAGGCGUGUUAUUGAAAAUGCGUUCGGCUUAUUGCGGGCUAGAUGGAGAAUAUUUAGCCACCCAAUAAAAGCAUCGGUAAAAAUGUUGAAAAUUUUACGCUCGGAGCAAUUGCUUUACACAAUUACUUACGCCAAACUGAAGCCGCAAUGUAUUGUCCAAAUGGUUUUGUUGAUAGCACAGACACGAAUGGGGAGAUUACGCCUGGGGAAUGGAGAAGACAGGUGGGGCAGAACGAAGGAUGUCUUUAUGACUUAUGUAAUGUACAGAAAUGCGGGAAGCAAUCUAGGAUUUUGUGAAUAG